AUGGCAAACAGAGAUAAACAGUUCUUGGACAACGGUGUUCCUGCGGUUCCCUUGGAGUCCUUCCCGCCCCACGGCAUUCUUGCAUCUGCCUACAAGCCCAGGCAGCUAGAUAUACACGGAAGUCCGCUGGCGGAAAUCCCCGUAACUACCUAUGGUAGUACUUGGGAGCACGGUUAUCAGGCAAAAUUGGAGAAAAAUCAAAAGAAGACCCACGAGAGGAAAGGGAUAAAAAAGAUGAUAAAGCGCACUGUAUGCGGACUAAAGACGUGGCUUUCCAAACAGAGUUUGUGUGGGAAGCGGGGCGAAGAGAAAGGACCAGGAGCAAGGGCUGUGGGCCUGGAUCUUGGUGAUCGUGACGAUAGUAGGGGGAUCGUGUGGAUUGAUGAGGGGACAAGAAGCCAAGCAAGUUUUAUGGAGGAGAAAAGAGGUUGCCGCAAUUCUGGGCAUACUGAAGCCAUUAUUACGGUGAGGGAGGUGAGCGGGACUUGA